AGUAUUUAAAUUUAGAAUUAAUUAAAAUAAUUAGUCAAGUUGUGUUGGUUCCUUCUUCCAUUGCUUGCGUGAGAAAAAGGAGUGUUGGCCCUCUCUAUUGUUGCUUAGUCAAGUUCUUUAAUUUCAACAUAUCAUUCCCUCACUUUCACUUUCUGUUUCAAUUCCUGUUUCAGAUCUAAAACCCCAUUCCAACAUUCCAUGUUUUUCAGUUUCAUAUAUGUUAUAACACCAUAGUUCAACCGAACACAAACAACAACCUUAUUCUUGUCGGAACAAUUAAAAAACUAGUCUUUCUCCAAAUUAAAGAGAUGAUGUUCCAGGAAAACGGGAAUGGUGAAAUGGGUUUAUCUGGAAUCCCCUUGGGAGCAAAGAACAAGUACUUGAGGAUGAAUUCCCAGGUUCCUGAUGAUAACGAUGAUGCUUUGCACCAACAACAAUUGGAAGAUAAGAGGAACAGUACUAGGAAAUAUGUUAUCGCAUGUGCCAUCUUUGCUUCUCUCAACAAUGUUCUUCUGGGUUACGAUGUCGGUGUGAUGAGUGGUGCAGUUAUAUUUAUAAAGGAAGAUCUAAAUAUAACUGAGGUACAGGUAGAGUUUUUGAUUGGUAUUCUUAGCAUUGUUUCUCUAUUGGGUAGUUUGGGUGGUGGAAGAACAUCAGAUAUUAUUGGUAGAAAAUGGACAAUGGCAUUGGCUGCGGUUAUAUUCCAAAUAGGUGGAAUUACAAUGACUUUUGCCCCUUCCUAUCAAGUACUCAUGAUUGGAAGAUUACUAGCUGGAAUUGGAAUAGGGUUUGGAGUUAUGAUCUCGCCUAUAUAUAUUGCUGAGAUAUCACCAAAUCUCACUAGAGGCUCUCUUACUGCUUUUCCAGAGAUUUUUAUUAAUGUAGGAAUUAUGCUUGGUUAUGUAUCCAAUUAUGCGUUUUCUGGUCUUUCCGUGCAUAUAAGUUGGAGAGUAAUGCUUGCUGUUGGAAUUUUGCCUUCGGUGUUUAUUGGUUUUGCUCUUUUCGUUAUUCCCGAGUCGCCAAGGUGGUUGGUAAUGCAGAACCGAAUCGAAGAAGCUAGAUCGGUCCUGUUGAAAACUAACGAAGACGAGAAAGAAGUGGAAGAGAGGCUAGCAGAAAUACAACAGGCUGCUGGUUUUGCCAAUUCUGGUAAAUAUGAGAACAAACCUGUUUGGCGUGAAUUGCUGUUUCCGCCUCCUGCGCUUCGCUGGAUGCUGAUUACAGGUCUUGGAAUUCAGUGUUUUCAACAGAUUUCGGGAAUUGAUGCGACUGUCUAUUACAGUCCAGAAAUUUUCCAAGCAACUGGUAUUGAAGAUAAAAAAAAACUUCUAGCUGCUACGGUUGCUGUAGGUAUAUCAAAGACUGUUUUUAUUUUGGUGGCCAUUGUUCUUAUUGAUAAAGUUGGCAGAAAACCUCUUCUCAUUACAAGCACAAUUGGGAUGACAGUUUGUUUGUUCGGUAUGGGAGCUACUCUUUCAUUUUUUGAAAAAGGGCCGUUAGUGAUUGGAUUGGGUAUUCUUUUUGUUUGUGGAAAUGUUGGAUUCUUUUCUAUUGGACUCGGCCCUGUGUGCUGGGUUUUGACAUCUGAAAUCUUCCCUUUACGUGUGCGUGCUCAAGCAUCCGCUCUUGGAGCUGUGGCUAAUAGGGUCUGCAGUGGCCUUGUUGCCAUGUCUUUCCUAUCUUUAUCCGGGAAAAUUUCUUUCGCUGGAACAUUCUUUCUGUUUUCCGCUAUUUCUUCCCUUGCCAUUGUUUUUGUUUUCACAAUAGUACCUGAAACCAAAGGGAAGUCUUUGGAGCAGAUAGAGAUGAUGUUUCAAAAUGAACAUGAGAGUCAAGUAAAAGAAAUGGAGCUAGGUGAUGUUGAACAACUUGUGCAGAACAAAACUGGUAUAACAAAUUAGUUAAUUAGCCUACACGUAUUUCACUUGUUAUGUCCAAGGCUUUAUGAAUCCUCCACACAUGAUUCUGAUACGGGACAUGAGAAAAAAUGAAGGCAAAUUGCAUUCUUAUUGUAUACUCAAACUUUUACUAGUUGUACAAUUAUUUUGUUUCUUUUAGUUUCAUUUAAGUUCAUAGUAGGAUUAUAUAAGCAUGGAGAUUUUUGUUGGAGAUGAUCCUGUCUCCACCUUUUCUGAUAUUUGGAAACAACUUAUAGUACCAUCAUUAGUAAUUUUACCUAUUGCUCCACGAUGGAUGUAAUUCAUAUGAAAAUUCUUUAAUAAAUCAUAUUCUUUUCAAUUUUAGUAUCUAAA